AUGAAUCUUGUGACCAACGUCAUCUCCGAUAUCCUCGACGAGAGCCGUCGCUAUCUCAACAACGGCGAGACAGUAACCGAUCCCUAUGGUGUUGCUAACACUUCCCUGAAAAACUGGAUGCCGAACUUCUGGUGA